AGCCCAGGGCGGGCCCGCGGAGGGCUGCGGCCCGGUCGGCGGCCGCUCACCAUGCCGGCCAAGCACCAGCACUUCCCGGAGCCCGCGGUCGGCUGCUGCGGGAAAUACUUCCUGUUCGGCUUCAACGUCGUCUUCUGGGUGCUGGGCGCCCUCUUCCUGGCCAUUGGUCUCUGGGCCUGGGGGGAGAAGGGAGUCCUCUCCAACAUCACAGCGCUGACAGACCUGGGCGGCCUCGACCCGGUGUGGCUGUUUGUGGUGGUCGGAGGCGUCAUGUCGGUGCUUGGCUUUGCGGGCUGCAUCGGGGCUCUCCGAGAGAACACCUUCCUGCUCAAGUUUUUCUCCGUGUUCCUUGGCCUCAUCUUCUUCUUGGAGCUGGCCACCGGGAUCCUGGCCUUCGUCUUCAAGGACUGGAUUCGAGACCAGCUCAACCUCUUCAUCAACAACAACGUCAAGGCCUACCGGGACGACAUCGACCUUCAGAACCUCAUUGACUUUGCUCAGGAAUACUGGUCUUGCUGUGGAGCCCGAGGACCCAACGACUGGAACCUCAAUAUCUACUUCAACUGCACUGACUUGAACCCCAGCCGGGAGCGCUGCGGGGUGCCCUUCUCCUGCUGCGUCCGGGACCCUGCCGAAGAUGUCCUCAACACCCAGUGUGGCUAUGACGUUCGGCUCAAACUGGAGCUGGAGCAGCAGGGCUUUAUCUACACCAAAGGCUGCGUGGGCCAGUUUGAAAAGUGGCUGCAGGACAACCUGAUUCUGGUGGCUGGAGUCUUCAUGGGCGUGGCCCUCCUCCAGAUCUUUGGCAUCUGCCUGGCUCAGAACCUCGUAAGUGACAUCCGGGCAGUGAAGGCCAACUGGUAAGGGAGCCACGCGCCACCGCCACGUGCCAGGACUCCCCAGGCCUCGGGGGGAGCCCCGGGGACCCUCUGCUCUGCUCACACACACGGGCAAGGCCGCAGGAGGCGUCUGCUUGGAUCUGGGGGGGCCCAGGAGCACUCAGCAUCAUCUGCUCCCCCCCACCCCAAACCAGAGGAGCCACCAGCUCGCUGCUGUGGAGGCCUGGGGCUGUCCAGGAUCCUGGGGAGGGUGCGGCCGGGUGGGGUGGGGCAGGUCUGCCUGUACCCCCCACCCCCCAGCACUGCAUGGCUGGGGUGCAGCCUUAGAGCUCUCCCACUCGCUGGGACCUUUCUCUGGGUGUGAGCCACCUCGAACUUGAACUCAGGGCCUGGGCGCCGCCCCUAAGCUUUCCCCCCCCCUCCCCGGCUCAGGGCUGGCGCUCUACCA